AUGAAGCAGCUGUCUGGACAGCACAACCGGCUCCAGUCCCUCGGUCUCCCCUUAAACCAAGAGCCCUCAGCACGCAGCUGGAUCACCCGGGGACCCGCCUGGGCAGCCACCGCUAUCAGUUCGUACGAGUGCCAGAAAGGGGGUAGCCCCGAACCUGACCCGCCGCCGGGGCUCGGGAACCGCGUCCCUCAGGGCAGGCGGGAAAACAGAAUCACAGAACCAACCAGGUUGGAAAAGACCUCUGAGAUCGCCGAGUCCGACCUACGACCGAACACUACCGUGUCAACGAGCCUGGCCCCGUCCCUCACCCCCCGGGCUGCCCCGUCCUUCAUCACCCCCGGGCUACCCCUCGCACCGCACCGGCCCCGUCCCUCGUCCCCCCGGGGCUGCCCCUCACACCGGCGCCGGUUCCCCCGCCGGGGCUGCCUCCCCUCGCACCGCCGCCACGGCCCCUGUCCCCCGCAGCCCCGCACUCACCGCGGCGGCGGCAUCGCCCCGUCGCCCACCCCGCGCCCGCUGUGGCGGCGGCGCUGCCGCCAUGUGACCGCCGCCUCCUCCUCCUGCUCCUCCCCUUUCUCCUCCUCUUCCUCCUCCUCCUCCGCCGCCGCCGCCAUGACAGGCGGGGCCGCGACGGUCCGAGAACAUGGCGAGCGUUGAGGGGCAGAGCGGAGGGGCUGUGGGGUUGUUGCUCGGCUCCCUUUUGCCGACCUGGGCUGGGGGGUGAGGGGGGUUAGGGAUGGAGGGAUGCGGAUGUGCGGCUUUCGCUCCCCCUCUCCCCUCAGAUUUGCUGUGCAUCUCUCUUCUCGUCCCACGGAGCUUGCACGGUCCCUUCCAGCGCUCUCUGAAGUUUAAAGCCCCUCACGGAGGUGUUUAUUUUGCGGCCCUGGAAGUACAGGAUCACAGAAUCGUUAGGGCUGGAAGGGACCUCUAGAGAUCACCCAGUCCAACCCUCCUGCCAAGGCAGGGUCACCUGGAGCAGGUGACACAGGAAUGCAUCCAGGACACAGAUAAGAUCUAACAACCAGCUAAAUAUAUUAACAUUAACCCACGCUAAUGAAGCAAGAAACAAGUUGUGGGCAGGAAUGAUGAGCAUAGGUGAUGUGGCCCUAAAAUGUGCAGAAAUAUGAGGAAGAAGCCAGAUGUGGAAGUUAAAGCAAAGAAGCAUGAAGUUAUUUGUUCCAGGUCAUCCAACUAAGCAGUGGCAGACAAAAAAUAGAAGCAAGUCCUUCAGUGCUCAUUCUGUUGCAUCACUCUUUCUUCCUGUUUUGAUGAAAACAUCUGAAAAAUCAUGGAUGUCCUACAAGCUGUUCGAGAGACAGCCUGAACAAAGCCAGGAGACACUGUGAGGAACUUGUGCUGUCUGCCUGUGGCUUGGACCUUGCAACUCAGUGGUAGAUCUGCUUUAUGACUUGAGCAAGUCCCACAAUUGGUGUGCAAUUCUCAGCCCUGGAAUCCUGCCUGGCAGCAGGGGUGGCACUGGCGCGGGUUUGCUCUGGAGCUGCAGCGAGGCGCAGCCACAGGUGAAGGGAUGUUGGAAGCGAUUCCUUCUCCGAUACCCUGUGACGCCAAAUCCAUUCGCCCGCGGGGGCUGAGCCGCCUCUCUCGCCCGGCUGAGUUUGCAAGCGCGCUGAAGGCUUUUUGGAGGGAGUGAGCGGAAAAAAAAAAAAUCCGUGUUCAGGAGUGGACCGCGGCCCUCCUGGGCUUGGCAAGCGUUCCCUGUCAGCCCGGGGGAGGGAGGGGGGAAAGGGAGGGCAGCCAGGGGGGUUGCCCAGCGGGAAUGAGCCCGGCGGGGCUCCCGCCGUGCCCGGGGCCGUCCCGGGGCCGCUGCAGCCGCCGGGCUGCGGGGACCGAGGGGUGGGAAGCACUGCCUCGGGGGGAAUAAUCCUCCUUUCGGGCACGGCCGGGAGAAAUCCUGUGGGGAGGGAGGCGAGGGAACAGCCUGGGAGGUCGGGAGGGAAAGGAACCGCGCCGCCUUCGGGCGUUUUUGGCAAGGUGAAGCCCAGCCUUUUCGCCCACCGCCGCGCUCCGCAGCCCCGGGAAUGCAGGCGCAGCUCCAGCUCCUCUCCCCCCGCACAGGGGCCGGCGGGGCGAGCGGCAGCCGGGGGAAGCGGCUGCGGGAAAGUUCCUUGGUGCUCGUUCUGCAGUUCGUGGCGACCCGGCCGGGGCUCUCAGCAGCACCCGGGCACCUCCUCCCAUCUCCUGCCCUCCUUCCCUCCCUCCUUCCCUCCCUCCCCGGCCGGGCUCCCCGCGGGACUCCCCGCUCUGCCAGGAGCGUCGCCCGAGCGCCUUCCCCUUUUCAGGGUUUUGUGGCGUUCGGGUGUUUUUUAAUAUUUUUUUUUUUCUCUCUCUCUCUUUCGGUGAGAGUGCGGCCGGGCAGGGUGAGGGGAAGGAAACUUUCUCCCCCCCCCCCCCCCCCAGGAUGCUCCGGAUAUUUUUGAAAGGGCGGAAGAGUGAGAAAGGGAGCAGCGUCUGUAAGGGCAUCUCAUGCUCUUGCGAAGGUCCCCCCUGACACCUCGCUGCUGGGAUUAAAAACCGGAGCUGGAGAAACUCCUCCCCCUCCCUCUGCUUCUCUCA